GUAGUUAUGCCACAUAAGAGAUCCAUAAUUACACCUUUAUUUCACAUUGUCAUUCCUAACAAAACAAUCAUUCAAAGUAGUGGAAACUUAAGGAAGUGUUAACUCCAAACUCAACGGAGAAAUUAAGAUGAUUCAUCAAUGGAGAUUGGGUUACUUUGUGAGGAAAUCAGAGGAGGCGAGGCUCGUAGCCUUGGCUCGGGUUGACAACAAUUUUGAAAGUGAGAUUGUAACUAAGGGUGGUAAAAAUUUCGAUUUUGUUAGUUGAACUGUUAACCACAAAUAUUGAAAACCAAUAAGUCGUGUCUAUUACAAUCGAUUCAAAAUAAUAAGGGCAAUAGUUCAUUAAAACCGAUGAGUAUUUCUAGUGGUUCGCUUUUGGUUUGAACAAAGUGAAAAAACGUUUAAACCCCCGAAUGCUUUUGUUUGUUAGGUAUGGAGUUUCAGAUUAUUGAUGGUCUCUUAAUGAUUUUCGAUCUUGAUUUUAAAACUAAUUAAAAACUUAUCGAAUUUUAUCACUAAAAAACUUAUUAAAACUUCUCACGGUUGGUCAAAGAACCAAACUCAUUUUGAUUGUUUAUAUUGGCAACACAACAACCUAUCUCUCACGAUCCGAAUUGGGGUGAUCGAUAUGUCUAAUUGGCCACCCAUACUUCUCGAAUAGCAAUUGUGGAUUUAUUAAUACAUUCUCAAAGAGUAAUUAAUGAGAAAUUACACAUUGUUAAUAAAAAUAACAAGUGAUUAAAGCUGACAAUCAAUUAUCAUAUAUUAAUAUUUUAUCAGCGUGAUUCGGAUUAAGUAUUUUGAUAAACAACAUGAAAAUCAACCAUAAAAAAGGGGAUUGCUAUUCGUCGCCCUAAAAUAGCUUAUUCGUCGCCUUAAAUCUUAUUAAAUUACACAAAUACCCUUUCUCGUGGGUAUCGAACAGAUUUUCAACCCAUCCCAAACGUUCCGGGACAAGUUUUCAACCCUUAUUAAUAGUGAUGGUGUACGCUGGCCAAUCUUUUGAUCCCUUGCAAUUGCUGCUUGUUUGUUCUGCUCUAGAUGUUGAAAGUAUGAAUAUGGAAAUUGAUUUGUCAAGAACAAUGAAUACAAUGUUGCUGCAUUAUAUAUUCAGCAAGCUUGGCGUUCCUAUUAAGACAACAAUUUAUGCUAAUGUACUCGAAAAAGCUCUGAAUGGGACGAUUGCAAUCAGACCCCCUCCAGUUGGCACAUCAGUCAACGGGAAGUAGUGGCUUCGUCCUCCUCCACCCAGCAACAACAUCACGACAGCGGCAGAGAGCAGUUCUGGGUUUCGCCAAAGAAUGAGAGGCGGCAGAUUUUGGUUGCCGAGAGAAGGUUCUAGGGUUUAGGUUUGAUUUGGAAUAGGGGCAUAUGUGUCAUUUCAGUGUAGUUUAGGGCGAUAAAAUUUAAAUUUUAGGGCGACGAAUAGCAAUUCAGUAAAAAAAUGAAGAAAAUUACAUAAAUAUAUAUAUAUAUAUAUAUAUAUAUAUAUAUAUAUAUAUUUUUCACGCUAACUGAAUGAGGUUCAGAAGUAAAAAUGACAUUUUCUGUACUUCCAUUCAUUCUUACUGAACUCACGCAAAAUUAGGGCGAGAGCAGGAAAUCCUCCUCAAAUUGAAGAAGAAGAACUCUCUCUUCUCUCGUUUCAAUCAUUACACUCCAAUUUCGCUUCCCUUCCCUUUCGCUGUCCUGCAAAGCUCCGAGCUUUACCUUCUUCUCUUCAUCUUCUGGUACUCUCUCUCUCUCUCUCUCUCUCUGCCGCUCUCUGAUUUCUCUCCUUCAGCAUUUGCCCAAUUUGAUAUUUUCCUGCCUCUCCAUUCUUCUGUUAAUUUAGCGCGGCGGGUACAAUUUUUUUUAUUUUGUUUCCUUGUUCAAUUGGGUGUUACAAUUGGGUGAUUCGAGAAUCAAGUCAUGGACCCAAAACUGAGUGCUUGUAUGGAAUCGUUCCAGCUCGCGGCGAAUUCAUGAAUAAAAUUUGGAAGAUUUCAAAGGACUUAGGCGCUAGUUUUGACCUCCCUCCCUCCCUCCACCAGAACUGUAACUUGUUAAUGAAAUAUGGUUAAUAAUUCGCAAUGUCGCAAAUGAAUGGAGUAGAGUUAACCGGACCAUAAAAAUGGAAGGUUUGCUCGUUGUUCGUUCCCGUUUUUCCUUGUCGUGGAGUAUUUGUAGGGCUCAGCUGCUUCUUAGUUCUUGUACCCUGUGUCAAUUUUGGGUCGUUCUUUGUAUGCAUUGCUGUAAUUGGGCUGUUUUUGGGUGAUUUGGUGAGCAAGGUAGCUGUUUUAUGUAAUAGGUGAAUAUGGGUUCCUGUGUUUAAUGUCUUUAGUUCAUGGCUGGCAGUUACUUGGAAGGGGUUCAUAAGGAGAGCCUUGGGAAACAAUCCAGUGAACAAUAUAUCUAGGCUGAAAAGAGGCCCUGCUGAGGUUAGGCUUCUUGUGCGAAGAUGCUAGAGUUUGAUGGCAGCACGACGUAGUCGUCUCUAGUUUAUACUUGUUGAUUGAGUAAACCUUGUUAGGAUGGUAUGUUGGAGGGUAAUAUUAGGAAAAUCUUUUUCAUCAGUAUGAUUGAACAGUUAGCGUAAUUAUUACUUGGAAGUUGGAAAUAGUAAGAAAAGGAAAGUGAAACUCUAAACCGAAUCCAAGGAGGCAGAACUACUUGAUGAAGCUAGAAUACGUUAGAUAGCCAGGUUCAGGAAAAUGAGCAUCGUAGAGGAUGUAUUGUCAUUCGCAAAAACUCUUGACUCCUAAUAAUCAUUCUUUUCCUAGAGACUUACAUAAUAUGUAUGUUAUGACCUGCCUAUCGUUUUGAACUUUUGAUGACAAUUAGAUCGAUCCACGUUCCAUCAGUUAGAGUGUUAUUGAACACCGCAAAUAUUUAGACGUUUCUCCUUAAUCUUAUUGAAUGAUUAGUUAAUUUUCACCAUGGUGGAAAUUGUCUGGACGUUAUCCAAGUCCACGUUGUACAUAACAUGAAAUAAUCUUUAAGUUACAUGUAUCCGGCCUUUUGUCUUAUGGUUUAACCUUCUGAGGGUGCUAGAAAUUAUUGUGCUGUUUUUUAACCGCUUAACUAUCAGGUAGGAAGGACCUUUCUAUUUCAGCAAUUGGCUAGUAAAAUGGUCACACUUCCCUCAAAAUUUGAUAUGCCAGUGUCUGUAUUAUUAUUAUGCCUGUAUCCUUCUUUUUGUUGAUGUUGUUUAAGUGUAAUUUAGUCAUUUAUUAAGAGUUGCUAUAUGUUAUGUUUUCUGUCUACAAGACCUGUUUAAUGAUUAAACUUGUUCCCUUUUUGGGCAGUGUUCACGUUCGGAUUUCAAGAAAAUACAUUUUCUUGAUGUCUUUGCCCGCCUUCGUAACCCUUAGAAUCAUUAUUCUGAAAUCUCUUUUGCCUAUCUCUAUAAGUACCAUGAGUAAUGUUAUCACGAUUCCUUCACUAGAGUUGAUUUACAUUGCAACCAACCCAAUUCUUAUCUCUCAUGCUCUGUUGAAAAUCGUACACUAUGAAAACCUUUUUCCCUUUCAUAUUCUUUCCUCCUAUCAAUAUGCAUAUGAUUCUUCCCUUGAACUCUUCUCGCCUAUGUACAUUCUUCACAGUUCUCUUCCAAGCUUGCCUAUUUUAAAAAUAUAAGAUGCCAACUGAGGGGGGCAAUGCAUCAGCAGCUCCCAACCAAGGAGAACCCGUUGACUCUGAUGAGAGAAUUGAUCUAAAUGAAGACAAUGAUCCUGAGGAGGCUAUGGAUGAAGAGGUUGAAUAUGAGGAAGUUGAGGAAGAAGAAGAAGUGGAAGAAUAUGUAGAGGAGGAAAUAGAGGUGGAGGAGGAAGGAGAAGAAUCAGACAAUGAUAACAAUGAUAUUGCUAAUCAUGGUGGUGGGACAAGAAGUGAAAACAAUGAAGAGAAGAAGAAGCAUGCUGAACUUCUUGCCCUCCCACCUCAUGGUUCUGAAGUGUACAUUGGUGGCAUUCCUCAGGAUACCACGCAGGAGGAAUUAAGAGGUUUUUGUGAAUCUAUAGGAGAUGUUUAUGAGGUACGUAUGAUGAAAGGAAAGAAUUUAACCAACAGUAAGAUUUUUGCCUUCGUGACCUUUACAAGUGUGGACUUCGCAUCAAAAGCCAUCAAGGAGCUGAAUUAUUCUGAAUUCAAGGGUUCGAAACUUAAGUGUUCAACAUCUCAAGCUAAGCACCGAUUGUUCCUUGGAAAUAUUCCUAGAAGUUGGGGAGAAGAAGAGUUAAGGAAGGCUGUGACAGAGGUUGGACCUGGAGUUAAUGCCAUUCAACUGGUGAAGGAUACAAAGAACAUCAGCAACAAUAGAGGUUUUGGUUUCCUAGAAUACCAUAACAAUGCAUGUGCUGAAUAUUCAAGGCAAAAGAUGUCAGAUCCAAAGUUUAAGCUAGGUGAUAAUACACCAACUGUGAGCUGGGCUGAUUCUAGGAGCACCAAUUCUGCAGCUGCUACUCAGGUCAAGGCAUUAUAUGUGAAGAAUUUACCAAAAGAUGUAACACAAGAUCAGCUGAAGAACCUUUUUGACAAUCAUGGACAAAUCACAAAGGUGGUUUUGCCACCAGCCAAACUGGGACAGGAGAACAAUAGAAUUGGUUUUGUUCAUUAUGCAGACAGGUCCAGUGCUAUGAAAGCUCUGAAUAGCACUGAAAAAUAUGAAUUAAAUGGCCAAACUUUGGAGUGCUCUCUAGCAAAACCACAGGCAGAUCAGAAAGCUGUUGGUCUUUCAAACAUUCAGAAUGCUGGUAUUCUUCCAAGUUUCCCACCCUUUGCUGGUUAUGGUUUGGGUGGAGCUGCUGCAUAUAGCUCUCUUGCUGCAGGAUAUGGUGCUUCCCCAUUUGCUCAGCCAUUGUAUUAUGGCGGUGCACCAUCUCCUCCUGGCAUGGCGAUGAUGCCAAUGCUUCUACCUGAUGGCCAAAUUGGAUACAUUCUGCAACAGCCGGGCUUACAGCCUCAUCAUAUGACGCCUUCACAUCUAUCAGCAAAUAAUAGAAGUAGUAGCAGCAGCAGCGGCAGCAGGGGGAACAGAAGUGGUGGUGGUAAUCCCAGCCGGGGUAAGCAUAACACCGACGGCAGCAGCUACAGUCGCAGAUUCCGACCUUACUGACAUUUAGUGUUGUUUUUCCUUUGGAUCACAUUCUCCUAUUGCUCUGUUUUACUAUUCCCGUCAAAUUAGAGUUAGAGCCCUAGUCUUUGUGAUUUUUCGGCAAGCACAAUCAAAGCUCAGGUUUUAUUUAUGUUGCUGAGUUGUUUGUACGUGCUCGAUAACUUAUGCCCCAUUGCUUGGUUCAUUCGAAACUUCCUUUUGACUUUUGUAGUGCCCCCCAGAAGCUGUUCUUGGUCUUUUGGAAUUCAAAUGUAAUGCAAUGUUAAAAUUGG